GCGAGGCUGGGAGCGGCGCUGGGCUGCGCGUCGUCCGGCACUCGGGGCGGCCCGCCAGGGAUGUCUGCGGAGCCCCCCUUCUGGACGCUACUAUGUGGGAGCUGAAAUGCCCCCUGAGCAGCCGAUGGGAUCUGGCCAUGUCCCCAAGCCGCCUGCUGCCGCCCCUCUUGGUUGCACUGAUGUUCCUGCUGCCAUUGCACCCAGCUGCCCGUCUCCCUUCCUACCCAUCCUUCUUGUUUCCCAAUACCACCUUCAAUCAUCUGGCCCGAGCCCGGGACACAGGGAUGCUGUAUGUGGGAGCUGUCAAUGCCUUAUUCCAACUGAGUCCUGAGCUCCGGUUGGUAGAGCAAGUUGCCACUGGGCCAGCCGAUGACAGCCCUGAGUGCCUUCCUUUCCGGGACCCCCAUGACUGCCCCCAGGCUCGGUCCACAGACAAUGCCAACAAGCUGAUGUUGCCCAAUGAGCGUACUGGGGAGCUGGUGGUCUGUGGGCAGCUCUUCCAGGGAGUGUGUGAGAAGAGAGCCCUUGCAGACAUCACCGAAGUGCUGUACCGUCCCGAGGAUCCUGGUGAUAACCAGUUUGUGGCAGCCAAUGAACCGCGGGUUUCGACUGUGGGCUUGGUGGGGCAGCGUGCUGGCCGAGACCUGCUCUUUGUGGGUCGUGGGCUGACCGCAAAGCUCUCUGGGGGGAUCCCGCCAUUCACAAUCCGGCAGCUGGAAGGACCCCAGGCGUUCUCGAAUGAGGGAAUGGGCAAGCUGGUGGUGGGCGACUUCUCGGACUACAACAACACCUAUGCCGGCGCCUUUGCCUCUGGUGACUACGUCUACUUCUUGUUUUCCCGACGUGGAGCAAAGGUGCAGAUGGAGUAUCGUGCCUACCUCUCUCGGAGCUGCAUGGAGGACACCAACCUCUACUCCUACGUGGAGCUUCCUCUGGAGUGCCGGGAUGCUAAAGGGCGCCUUUACAACCUGGCUCAGGUGGUGCACUUGGCCUCUGGUAUUCCAGGCACAGGGGCAACUCUCUUUGUGGUCCUGGCUGCUGGGCAAGGCUCCACAGCAUCCCCGACAGCGCGCACAGCACUGUGUUCAUACGGCUUAAGUGAGGUCAAUGCAGCCAUGGAGCGGACCCGGCGCCUGUGCUACACCUCGGCUGGAAAGGGUCCCACUGGAAAAGAGGAGGCCGCCAUCGAGUACGGAGUGACAUCCCGUUGCAACUUGCUGCCCAAGGAGUCCCCUGAGGCUUACCCCUGUGGCGAUGAACACACUCCCAGUCCCAUUGCCAGCCGGGAGCCGGUGGUGGCUAAAGCGCUCCUCUCCACCGUACCCAGGCUGACGGCUGUGGCAGCCAUGGUGGAAGCGGGCCAUACAAUUGCCUUUCUUGGGGACGGUAUCGGGCAAUUGCAUAAGGUUUACCUUAACGGUUCCAUGGCUCAGGUCUACAGCACAGUGUCCGCUGGUCAGCACUCUCCAGUCAGUCCAGAUCUGCUACUAGAUGGAAGUGGGACCCACCUUUAUGUGAUGACAGCCUCACAGGUCUCCAAAGUCCCAGUUUCAGAAUGCCCCCAGUUCCAGGACUGUGACUCCUGCCUGCGUGCCCAAGACCCUUUCUGUGGUUGGUGUGUCCUGCAGAGCAGGUGCACCCGGAAGUUGGAAUGUGAACGCCACGAGGAAGCCAAUCACUGGCUCUGGAGCUACAGAGCUGAGAGCCAAUGUCUGCGAGUGGAACAGAUGUCACCUGCAAAUCAGAGCAGGGAAGCAAGAACGGAGGUCUCCAUGCUGGUUCCUGAGCUCCCUGCCUUGGCCGAGGGGGAGAAUUACCAGUGUGCCUUCGGGUCCCAAGACAGCCUUGCCCAGCUUGAAGGGUCCUGGGUUCGCUGCUCCUCCCCGGUUCUCCAGCAGGUGCCGCCCACCCAAGAGGGCAAAGAUCACGUGACCGUGGCACUAGCACUGAUGUUCCGGGAUGUGGUGGUGGCCUCCGCUGGGUUUUCCUUCUACGACUGCAAUGCAGUGAGCCAGCUUGCCGAUGCAACACCGUGUGGAAGAUGCGUUGGCAGUCCAUGGAUGUGCCAUUGGUGCCCAUCCAGUCACCGGUGUGUCCCUGGAGCACCCUGCCCAAAUGGAGAGGGGCCCAUCUACAACCAGAAGGUGCCCACUGAAGACCCCCAGGGUCCUGCUUCUUGCCCCAGUGUGGGGAUCGUUGGGGAGUCCCACUUCAUUCCUGUUGGUGUAGAAAUGCCGUUGAACCUGAUCGCCUGGAAUCUGCACUUGCUGGCGGGUUCAGAGAGACUCUUCUGUGUGCUGGAGGUGGAGGGAACCUCGGUGGUGGUGCCAGCUUCGCUGGAGGAAGGGGACAGGGGAACCUCCCAUCGCGUGCAGUGCCUGCCCUGGACGUACAGUUACACCCAGCCAGCCUCAGAGCUACACGUCCCCCUCUUCGUCUUGGUGGGGGAUGACCAGCGCCUUGAUAACCGCGGAGACCUACAUGUGAUGCUGUAUAAUUGUUCUGCUGGCCGCUCUGACUGCAGCCGCUGCAAGGCAGCCCCCCACCACUUCCGCUGUGUCUGGUGCCUGCUGGGAGACACCCCCAGCUGCAUCUAUGAGGAACAGUGUCCCACCAAAGCUGGCGUGCCCACUUGCCCAUCGCCCGUCAUCCACUCGAUCAGCCCCCUCACUGGGCCCUUGGAGGGAGGCACCUCUCUCACAGUGACCGGGUCCAACCUUGGCCAUCGCUUUGAAGAUGUGGCUGACACCGUGAUGGUGGCUAACCUGCCCUGCGUCCCUGACCCAGCCCUGUAUCUUGUCUCCACUCGAAUUGUUUGUGAUGUACCCCCAGGAAAACGAGGCUUAACUGGCCCUGUUGAGGUCACUGUUGGGGACCGCCCACCAGGGGUUUCUGCCAGCAACUUCACCUACCAGGACCCUGUUCUUCUUGGCCUGCACCCCCACCUUGGCCCGGUUGCUGGAGGUACGCGGCUCACCAUCACCGGAGAAGAGCUUCUGACAGGCACCGAGAUUGCUGCCUACAUUGGGGGGCUGCCUUGCAUCCUCGAAGAACCUGUGGAGCCACAGGCAAUUGUCUGCCGCACCAGUGCCAGUGCCAGACCCCAGGAUUCACCUGUCAGGGUGCAAUAUGGUAGAGUACAGCGCUGGCUGCUGAAGACUUUCCGCUAUGCACCGAACCCCCAGCUCACGGGGGCAUCUCCAGUCACUGGUUUCCAUGGGGGUGGACGGAUCAUCUACGUACAGGGGACUGACUUGGACGUGGUGCAGCAGCCGCUCAUCAAGGCAGUCCUGGAGCCUGAGGAGGAAGCAGGAGGCGAGGGCAGCCGGAAGAAAAGGGCCUGUGACCUCUUGCAGGGCCCUCAAGCUUUGCUGAGCCCGGCCCCCCCACGCCCUUGUGUAGAGGUGGGAGACCUUCUGGAGUGCUGGGAACCUUGCUGUGCCAAUUCAUCCACUCUCCUCCUCUGCCCGUCACCUGCUGUGCCACCCACUGCCCGCUUGCGCCACCUCCGUUUCGAGCUGGACGGGCUCCACAUCCCCUUCAGCAAUGCCAGCGGAGGCCAAGAGUUCGCCUACAAGCCCAAUCCUCAGCUGCGCUGGCCCGGCCGGGACUCUGCUGGACGCCCCUUCACGCUGAAAGCUGGCAAUGUCUUGGACAUAGAGGGAGAAGGCUUGAACCUCGGCAUCAGCAAGGAGGAAGUCACAGUCACUAUUGGCAACAGCAUCUGCACCGUCAAGACCCUGACCUUGACCCAUUUAUACUGUGAGCCCCCCCUGCAGCCCCCACAGCCACUUAAUGCUUCUUCUGUGCUGCCAGAGUUCAUUGUGCAGAUGGGAAACCUGCGGCUGGAUCUUGGCCGCGUUCGCUAUGACACGGAGCCGCCGUCCCGCUUUCCCCCUGAAGCCCAGAUUGGGCUGGGGGUGGGCGCAGCACUGUUGGCUUUUGUGGUGCUGCUUCUCAUCCUAAUGUACAGACGGAAGAGCAAACAAGCCCUGCGAGAUUACAAGAAAGUUCUGGUGCAGCUUGAGAACCUGGAGAUCAGCGUGGGAGACCAGUGCCGCAAGGAAUUCACCGACCUAAUGACAGAAAUGACCGACCUAAGUGGGGAGCUUGAGGGGUCUGGGAUCCCGUUUCUGGACUACAACACCUACGUCCAGCGUGUCUUCUUCCCUGGCCAGGGGGGUGCCCUCUUACGGCGGGGACUGGAGCUGCCUGAGGGACGCCGCACCACGGUGGAGCAGGGCCUGAGCCAGCUCUCCAAUCUGCUGAACAGCAAAGUUUUCCUACUUACGUUAAUCCGGACACUGGAGUCCCAACCUACAUUCUCCCAGCGGGACAGGUGCCAUGCAGCUUCACUGCUCUCCUUGGCGCUUCACGGGCGUCUGGAGUACCUAACGGACAUCAUGCAGACCCUGCUAAGUGAUCUUGCUGCCCACUGUGUUGCCCGCAACCCCAAGCUCAUGCUCCGCAGGACGGAGACCAUGGUAGAGAAACUCCUGACCAACUGGAUGUCCAUCUGCCUCUACUCCUAUCUCAGGGAGGUGGCUGGUGAGCCCCUGUACAUGCUGUUCCGUGCCAUCAAGUACCAGGUGGACAAAGGCCCAGUGGAUGCUGUGUCGGGCAAGGCCAAGCGGACGUUGAACGACAGUCGCCUACUACGAGAAGAUGUGGAGUUCCGCCCCCUCACCCUGACCGUCUUGGUGCGGGGGGGUGGCCACGGUGGCAGCGAGACCCAGCGGAUCCCAGCCCGGGUCCUCGACACAGACACCAUCACCCAGGUGAAGGAGAAGAUUGUGGACCAGGUCUACAAGGGGGUGCCUUUCUCUGAGCGCCCCUCCGUGCACUCCCUCGACUUGGAGUGGCGGUCGGGGGUUGCUGGCCAUUUGACGCUCUCUGACGAGGAUCUGACCUCCAUCACGCAGAACCAGUGGAAGAAACUCAACACCCUACAACAUUACAAGGUUCCAGACGGGGCCACGGUCAGUCUCAUCCCCCGCCUUCACAAUGACAUCUCGCAAGGCACAGGCCAGAACUGUUUCUCUGGAGAAAAUACCCCAAUGCUAGAAGAUGGCGAGGAGGGGGGGCUACGCCUCUGGCACCUGGUGAAGCCAUCUGAGGAGCCUGAGCCCACAAAGCAGCCACAGGAGCGGCGCAGCAGUCUCCGAGAGCGCGCAAAGGCUAUUCCUGAAAUCUACCUCACGCGCUUGCUUUCCAUGAAGGGGACGUUGCAGAAAUUUGUGGACGAUGCCUUCCAGGCAGUGCUGAGUAUGAACCGCCCUGUGCCCGUUGCUGUCAAGUAUCUCUUUGACCUGCUGGAUGAGCUGGCGGUACGGCACGGAGUCAACGAACCUGAGACGCUGCACAUCUGGAAGACCAACAGUUUAUUGCUGCGCUUCUGGGUGAACACCCUCAAGAACCCACAGUUCAUCUUCGAUGUGCGCGUUUCCGACAACGUGGAUGCCAACCUGAGUGUCAUUGCCCAGACGUUCAUUGAUGCCUGCACAACUGCUGAGCACAAAGUCGGGAGGGAUUCACCCGUCAACAAACUGCUCUAUGCCCGGGAAAUCCCACACUACAAACAGAUGGUGGAGAAGUAUUAUGCUGAUAUUCGACAGACUGUCCCUGCCAGCUACCAAGAAAUGAACUCUGCCCUGACAGAACUCUCACGGAAAUACUCCUCUGACCUCAACUGCCUGGUGGCCCUGCAAGAACUUUACAACUACAUUAACAAGUACUAUGACCAGAUAAUCAGUGCUCUAGACGAGGACCCAUUGGGCCAGAAGAUGCAGCUGGCGUAUCGCCUGCAACAGAUCGCAGCUCUAGUGGAGAACAAAGUGACUGACUUGUGACACGCAUGGAGCCACUCCGUGCCCAGGCAGCCGGUGACUGACUAAGCGGGAGCCAAGUUGAUUCAGCCCGAAGGCUCCCUGCUGUCAGCUGCCCUACGUGCUCCCCUCUUCAUCCCCCCUCUCCCCAGUGCCUUAACUACAUAGAUGCUGCUGGGCAUUCUUGAACGCGGUUCUCGCCCCAUUUUUUAAACUAGCUGCAAAGGGAAUCCUCCCCGACCGAUACACUGGCUUUGUAAAUAAAAGGGUGUAUUUAUUUCUGUCGCUGUCUGAGGAGGGUGUUGGCUGCCUUCUCCUACCCGUGUGGGGAGUGGGGUUUAGGGCAGCUCCCUUCUGACCACUGCAGUGUCUGGGAUUUGGGGAUUUCACACAUACCUCCUCAAAUUUCCUAGGCUCUCCUUCUGCCUCCUCAACUUCUGGGUCAAUAAUGCACUAAUAUUGGGGUGGUGUUUUGUGCUUCCUCUGUAUAACAGAGUCUUAACGAGUCCCUUUUAACACUCACCCAUCUCUUUUUAACUCCCCUUCCCCAUUGUAUGUAUAUAUGGAGCACUUUGCUCCAGGAUUGUAUUUAUUGUAAUGAGAUUUUUGAGAAUUAAAAACACUUUUCAGAAUAA